AAAAGUUUUCAGUCCGUCAAUGUCAGUCCUAGGUUUGGUAGAAGACUAGAAGGAAAGUCCCAAGUUUAUGAGAAAGUUCCGUUUUUACCUUUCUCGUUCUUAAUUCAACCUACGACUGCGUGUUUAAUCUUUGAUUCACUUGAUAUCUCUCUCUGUCAGUGGUGUGGUCUUCGAUUUCUUCGUUAACAAACUCCAAAUAGAACCCAUUAAUUACAACUCUUCCCCCUCUCUCUCGCUCCUCCUGGUCAAUUUCUUCUUGAACAAACUACCGCAGUUUGUAAGGUCACCUUCCUUGUAUAACAGGAAAGAAACCUCCGAUAAUUCCCAAACCCCAGAUCUGUAUUAUGUGUGCCACACUCUUCUGAAUAGUAAAAUCACCCCUAUCUAUUCUUUGAUAUGAUCACCAUCACUCACUACUCUUACGCACUGUAAGUUCGAUUUUCUUUGUACAUAUUUAUUUAUUUUUGCAUUUUAUUGUGAGUUAUGGCGACCCAAAAACCUCAAAGGUCGAGAGAGGAAAUAGAGGACAUAAUCCUCAGGAAAAUUUUUCUGGUUUCACUAGUUGAUUCGAUGGAAAACGAUUCCCGAAUUGUGUACUUGGAGAUGACAGCAGCUGAAAUUCUCAGUGAGGGAAAGGAAUUGAGGCUUUCCAGGGAUGUUAUGGAAAGAAUUUUAAUCGAUAGGCUUUCGGGUAAUUUUCCAUCGGCGGAACCACCGUUUCAGUAUUUGAUUAACUGUUAUCGUCGAGCAUAUGAUGAGGGGAAGAAAAUUACUUCCAUGAAAGAUAAGAAUGUGAGGUCUGAAAUGGAAUUGGUGGUUAAGCAGGCUAAAAGUUUGGCAGUUUCGUAUUGUAGAAUUCAUUUGGGGAAUCCUGAUAUGUUUCCGAAUUUGGAUACGAAUAAAAACAAUGUUUCUCCUUUGUUGCCAUUGGUUUUUUCGGAGGUUUCGAGUUUGGUUGAUAGGUUUGGAGGGGGGAAUAGUAGUGGUGGGGUUUCGUGUCCACCUGGGUUUCUGGAGGAGUUUCUUAUGGAUGGAGAUUUUGAUAGUAUGGAACCAAUCUUGAAGCAGUUGUACGAAGGUUUGAGGGAGAGUGUGCUUAAGGUUUCAGCUCUUGGGAAUUUUCAGCAGCCUUUGAGGGCUCUGUUGUUGUUGGUCACUUAUCCCAUUGGUGCAAAGUGUUUGGUGAAUCAUCCUUGGUGGAUUCCCAAGGGGGUGUAUUUGAAUGGAAGGGUUAUUGAGAUGACUAGCAUUUUGGGUCCUUUCUUUCAUGUUAGUGCUUUGCCUGAUCAUGCCAUUUUCAGGGGUCAGCCUGAUGUUGGCCAGCAAUGCUUCUCAGAAGCAUCAACCCGCCAUCCAGCUGAUCUGUUAUCUUCGUUCACAACAAUUAAAACUGUCUUGAACAAUUUAUACGAUGGCCUGACGGAAGUUCUGAAAUGUCUACUUAAAAAUACAAAUACCCGUGAGAAUGUUCUUGAGUAUCUCGCAGAGGUGAUCAACAAAAAUUCGUCUAGGGCUCACAUACAGGUCGAUCCAUUAUCUUGCGCAAGUUCAGGCAUGUUUGUGAAUCUCAGUGCUGUUAUGCUUCGGCUCUGCGAACCAUUCUUAGAUGCAAAUCUAUCAAAAAGAGAUAAAAUUGACACCAAAUACGUAUUUAACAGUAUCCGAUUAGAUUUAAGAGAAUUGACUGCUCUACAUGCAUCAUCUGAAGAAGUUGCGGAUUGGAUAAACAAGAAUACUCCUGGGAAUAUUGACAUCUCUAGACAGGGUAGUGAUGGAGAAAAUUUCUUGCUACAAUCUCAAGAAACUAUCAGUUCUGGCAGCAAUGCUGGCAGACCUUCUCUCCUUCAUAAUAACAAGCCUAUGUCAAGCUGUAGUGAGAAAGCUAAAUUCUCAUUUAUUUCUGAGUGCUUCUUUAUGACUGCAAGGGUGCUCAAUCUGGGCCUGUUAAAAGCAUUUUCCGACUUCAAGCAUCUUGUUCAGGACAUUUCAAGAUGUGAAGAUACUCUGCGAACUUUCAAAGCCAUGCAGGAGCAAUCACCUUCGUCACAACUGGAGCGAGAUAUAGCUCGCCUUGAGAAGGAAAUUGAGAUAUAUUCACAAGAAAAGCUAUGCAGUGAAGCUCAGAUACUCAGGGAUGGAGGACUUCUUCAGCGUGCGUUCUCUUUCUACCGGUUGAUGGUGGUUUGGUUAGUUGGCCUCGUAGGGGGUUUUAAAAUGCCUCUGCCAUCAACAUGCCCCAUGGAAUUUGCAUCUAUGCCAGAGCAUUUCGUGGAAGAUGCCAUGGAAUUGCUUAUUUUUGCAUCUCGGAUUCCUAAAGCUUUGGAUGGGGUCUCCCUGGAUGAUUUUAUGAACUUCAUUAUCAUGUUCAUGGCAAGUCCAGAGUUUAUUAGAAACCCAUAUCUAAGAGCGAAGAUGGUUGAAGUACUGAACUGCUGGAUGCCCCGCAGAAGUGGCUCAUCUAUUACGUCUACUCUAUUUGAAGGACACCAGCUGUCUUUAGAAUAUCUUGUGAGGCACCUUCUGAAGCUUUAUGUUGAUAUUGAGUUCACAGGUUCCCACACGCAGUUCUAUGAUAAGUUUAACAUCCGCCAUAACAUCGCUGAACUUCUCGAAUACCUAUGGCAGGUUCCUAGUCACCGCAAUACAUGGAGACAGAUUGCUAAGGAAGAGGAGAAGGGUGUAUAUUUGAACUUCUUAAACUUCCUGAUCAAUGAUAGCAUCUUUCUUCUUGAUGAAAGUCUUAACAAAAUUCUUGAACUCAAAGAGCUAGAAGCUGAGAUGUCUAACACUGUGGAAUGGGAACGAAGACCAGCUCAAGAGAGGCAGGAGAGAACCCGACUUUUCCAUUCUCAAGAGAAUAUCAUUCGGAUUGACAUGAAGCUAGCCAAUGAAGAUGUGAGCAUGUUGGCAUUUACUUCAGAGCAGAUUACAGCUCCCUUCCUACUUCCGGAGAUGGUUGAAAGGGUGGCCAGCAUGCUGAAUUACUUUUUGUUACAACUUGUGGGACCCCAAAGGAAAUCUCUAAGCUUAAAAGACCCUGAAAAGUAUGAGUUCCGACCAAAACAGUUGCUUAACCAGAUUGUCAAAAUAUAUGUGCAUCUGGCAAGGGGUGAUAAAGAAAAUAUUUUUCCAGCUGCCAUCACUAAGGAUGGUCGUUCAUACAACGAACAGUUGUUUACUGCGGCGGUAGGUGUCCUCAAGAGAAUUGGUGAAGACGGAAGGAUCAUCCAGGAAUUCAUAAAUCUUGGCUCAAAAGUCAAAGCUGCAGCUUCUGAGGCCAUGGAUGCCGAAGCUACCCUUGGGGACAUACCGGAUGAAUUCCUAGACCCCAUUCAAUACACUUUGAUGAAGGAUCCAGUUAUUUUACCUUCUUCCGGGAUCACGGUAGACCGGCCCGUCAUUCAGAGGCAUCUUUUAAGUGAUAAUAGCGACCCAUUUAAUCGAUCCCGUCUUACAUCGGACAUGUUGAUUCCCAACACUGAGCUCAGGGCAAAAAUUGAAGAAUUCAUCAGGUCUCAAGAGUUGAAGCGGCAUGGAGAAGAUUUGAGCAUACAAAGCACGAAAGCUACGAUACAGAGGACGCCUGACGGAAUGACAUUGAUUGAUUAGGUCUUUGUAAAUGUAAAUUGGGGUCUGUAUUUUUAUGAUUAAUAAAAACUUUCCUGAUAUGAUUAUGUCGAGAACGAAUUAUUACAUGUCAAAGUAGCAGCCAUGUUCAAGCUUUCCUGAUAUAUUCUGAAGCAUGUAAGGCUAAACGAUUAUUUGUUUAUAUAACAUACGCAGUGCAUACACCGGUCGAAAGCCCUCAGUGUUGGUGUUUGCAGUUCAUGGCCAG